ACCUUCUGUUGGCUGAUGCUUGGAGCAGGAGACAGGGGCUCUGCCGGCCUGGGCACCUCUCACUCCCCAAGUCAGCAGUCCCAUCUUUCUGAUGCUAUACUGUAAAUUUAUUUCACCUCGGAGAGUAAACAGAUAUAUUGGAGCCCCAAGGGUUCAUGGGUAGCGUAUUUACAAAGGAGCCUCUCCGCCAGCCCGUGCCACCGCUGCUAAUGAGAGCGGUCAUUAAGUAAAUGAGACGUCGCCUUUAGCUGGCUUAGGAGUCGCACACUAAGGGGAGAAGAUAUUUAAUUGAAACCCGCACACAGGCUUCCCCACAUGUGACCGCUGUAAGGGAGGCAGCUGCCUCCCCUCUCCUCCCCCGUCCACCCUGCACCCCCCAUGUAAAUUUCAUGAUUGCUUUCCGUGAUGUCAUUUUGAAGGAGGACAGACAAUAGCUGUGGGGAAAGAAAAUGAGUUCCGGGGUGAGCUGCUGAGUCAGAGGUGGACACAAGGAGACAAAGCCAGCAACUGCAAGACCUCGAGGCUCCUCCUGGGCAGACGCAGCAAGAUGAGCUUAGAACAUGAGGAUAAGCGGGCUCGUACGCGAUCCAAGGCCCUCCGAGUGCCCCCAGAGCCCACAGGUGCCGACCUCAGCUGCCCCACCCCAGGGUGCACCGGCUCAGGACACAUCCGGGGCAAGUACUCCAGGCACCGCAGUUUGCAGAGCUGCCCUCUGGCCAAGAAGAGGAAGCUGGAGGGUGCCCAGCCAGAGCACCUGGUGUCCAAGCGGAAGUCCCACCCCCUGAAGCUGGCUCUGGACGAGGGCUACAGUGUGGACACCGACGGCAGUGAGGAUGCUGAGGUGAAGGACGCCUCUGUUUCGGAUGAAUCGGAAGGAACUCUGGAGGAGGACGAGGCUGAAAUGUCAGGACAGGAGGAGAUUCAUCGUCCUGAACCAGCUGAAGGAAGGAGCCCUGUCAAGCCCCACUUCGGAUCCAACCCCAUCAGCAGCCCCACGGGCCCCACCAAGGGCAGCUACAGCAGUUAUCAGGAGAUCAUCGCCACUUCUCUCCUAAAUUUGGGCCAGAUUGCUGUAGAGACGCUAGUUGGGGAGGAUUUGGGUCAGGUGGCCAAGCCGGGCCCCGGUGUUGUGCACCUGGUGCAGGAGGAGGCCGAAGAAGGGGCCACCAGUGAUGAGGGGGAGAAGGAUGUGUUCAUCCGGCCAGAGGAUACAGAGGAAGUCAUGGAAGUCACCAGGGAACGCUCCCAGGAGCUGGGUCCCCAGUCUGGGGAGGGCAUGGUCAGCGAGGAGUCAAGCAAGAUGAAAGUCAACCUGGGUAAUGAGGAGGAGGAGGAGGAGGAAGAGGAGGAGGAGGAGGAGGAAGAGGAGGAGGAAGAAGAGGAGGAGGAGGAAGAGGAGGAGGAGGAAGAGGAGGAAGAAGAAGAGGAGGAGGAGGAGGAAGAAGAGGAGGAGGAGGAAGAAGAGGAGGAGGAGGAAGAGGAGGAGGAGGAAGAGGAGGAAGAAGUAGCCGCUCCCGAUGUGAUCUGUCAGGAGGAUGCCCCCCAUGCCCCCACCCAGAAGGCCCCGGAACCCCGGCACCCAGCAUCUCCCAGCCCCAAGCCCGAGUACUCUGUCAUCGUGGAGGUGCGCUCUGAUGAUGGCAAGGACGAAGACUCGCGCUCCCAGAAGUCUGCAGUCACUGAUGAGUCAGAGAUGUAUGACAUGAUGACACGUGGGAACCUGGGCCUCCUGGAGCAGGCCAUUGCCCUGAAGGCUGAGCAGGUGCAAGCCGUCUGCGAGCCAGGCUGCCCACCCACCGAGCAGGGCCAGCCGGGCCCUGGUGAACCGGGCAAGGUGGUGAGGCCUCUGGAUGCCGCACGGAAGAACUACUGCAGCAAAGAUCCCUCCAGAGCUGAGAAGCGCGAGAUCAAGUGUCCAACACCAGGCUGUGAUGGCACUGGCCAUGUGACAGGGUUGUACCCUCACCACCGCAGCCUAUCUGGUUGCCCCCACAAGGACAGGAUUCCCCCGGAGAUCUUGGCUAUGCACGAGAAUGUGCUCAAGUGCCCCACUCCUGGUUGUACAGGUCAAGGCCACGUGAACAGUAACCGCAACACGCACAGAAGUUUGUCCGGAUGCCCCAUUGCUGCUGCUGAAAAAUUAGCCAAAUCUCAUGAGAAGCAACAGCCGCAAGGGGGAGAUCCUUCCAAGAAUAGCUCCAAUUCAGAUCGGAUCCUCAGGCCCAUGUGCUUCGUGAAGCAGCUUGAAGUCCCUCCGUAUGGAAGCUACCGGCCCAGUGUGGCCCCUGCUACACCCAGGGCCAACCUGGCCAAGGAGCUGGAGAAGUUCUCCAAGGUCACCUUUGACUACGCAAGUUUUGACGCUCAGGUUUUUGGCAAACGCAUGCUUGCCCCAAAGAUUCAGACCAGCGAAACCUCACCUAAAGCCUUUAAAUGCUUCGACUACACGCAUGAUGCUGAGGCUGCACACAUGGCCGCCACAGCCAUCCUGAACCUCUCCACGCGCUGCUGGGAAAUGCCUGAGAAUCUCAGCACGAAGCCACAGGACUUGCCCGGCAAGGCUGCGGACAUCGAGGUGGAUGAAAACGGAACCCUGGACCUGAGCAUGCGCAAACACCGCAAGCGGGACAGCGCCUUCCCCAGCAGCGGCAGCAGCGGCAGCAGCCCUGGCGUGAAGUCCCCUGAUGCUUCCCAGCGCCACAGCAGCACCAGUGCCCCAAGUGGCUCCAUGACCUCGCCCCCGUCCAGCCAGGCUUCCCGCCAGGACGAGUGGGAUCGACCUCUGGACUAUACCAAGCCCAGCCGCCAGCGAGAGGAGGAGCCUGAGGAGUCAGAGCCAGCAGCCCAUUCUUUUGCUUCUUCUGAAGCAGAUGACCAGGAAGUGUCGGAAGAGAGUUUUGAGGAGCGCAAGUACCCUGGGGAAGUCACCCUGGCCAACUUUAAGAUGAAGUUUCUCUCCAAGGACAUAAAGAAGGAGCUGCUCACCUGCCCCACCCCUGGCUGUGACGGCAGCGGCCACAUCACCGGGAACUAUGCCUCUCACCGCAGCCUCUCUGGUUGCCCUCUUGCUGACAAGAGCCUCAGAAACCUCAUGGCUGCCCAUUCUGCUGACCUCAAGUGCCCCACACCCGGCUGUGACGGCUCUGGCCACAUAACGGGGAACUACGCAUCACACCGGAGCUUGUCAGGCUGCCCUCGUGCCAAGAAAAGCGGAGCCAGGGUGACGCCCACAAAGGAUGACAAGGAAGAUCCUGAGCUGAUGAAGUGCCCUGUGCCAGGCUGUGUGGGGCUCGGUCACAUCAGCGGCAAAUAUGCUUCACACAGAAGUGCAUCUGGCUGCCCGCUGGCCGCUCGGAGGCAGAAAGAGGGUUCUCUUAAUGGCUCACCGUUCUCCUGGAAGUCACUGAAGAACGAAGGGCCCACCUGCCCCACUCCAGGCUGUGAUGGCUCCGGUCAUGCCAACGGUAGCUUCCUCACCCACCGGAGCUUAUCUGGCUGUCCCAGAGCAACCUUUGCUGGAAAGAAGGGAAAAGUCUCAGGGGAUGAGGUUCUCAGCACGAAGUUCAAGACGAGUGAUGUUCUGGAGAACGAUGAAGAGAUCAAGCAGCUGAACCAGGAGAUUCGCGACCUGAACGAGUCCAACUCAGAGAUGGAGGCUGCCAUGGUACAGCUGCAGUCCCAGAUCUCCUCCAUGGAGAAGAGCCUGAAGAAUAUCGAAGAGGAGAACAAGCUCAUUGAGGAGCAGAAUGAAGCCCUGUUUCUGGAGCUGUCGGGCCUGAGCCAGGCCCUCAUCCAAAGUCUCGCCAACAUCCGCCUUCCGCACAUGGAGCCAAUAUGUGAGCAGAAUUUCGAUGCCUACGUGAGCACCCUCACUGACAUGUACUCCAACCAGGAGUGCUACCAGAACCCCGAGAACAAGGACCUCCUGGAGAGCAUCAAACGGGCCGUGAGGGGCAUCCAGGUCUAGACCCCAUCACUCCAGAGCCACCCCGCCCAUCGGGACAUCCGGGGCAGCCCAACUUGGCUCCCGCGCUCACCUCCCUUGCCCUGCCCCCGCAGUGGGGAGUCCCAACUCACAGUGACUUCCAGUUGGCAGCCCGGGGAGGCCUCAGUUGGGCUUAUCCACAGGGGUGCCUGGAAAUCAGUGUCUUUCUCGUUGCACUUGCCAGGCUGGAGGCCUUGACCUCCCCACACGAAUGCAGGGCAGGGCAUGAAGUAUUACAAAGUGAUUUAUUUUUGUUUUUUGAAAGAAAUCUGAAGAGCAGCUCAAAGUCUCCAGUGAAAGCUCAUGGACAAGGUUCUCAGGGAAGUUUUGGAGUUUGCAACCACAGUAUUCCUUUGUCUGUCGAGGCUGGGAGGGUAGCCGUGGGCACGGGGCGGGUGGUGCGUGUGACAGUGUCAGCCUGGAGCAUGUGCCCCUGGGCACACGUCUGCUCAGUGAGGUCAAUGUGGCAAGUGUGUUUUCUGUUUUCAUUUAACUCAGUUUUGUCUUAAGGAUGGAAUAAAGCACUGUUCCAGAGGGUUAGAAACAGACCUGCAGCCCAUGGCCAACUUGAGGACUCUAACCUGGGAACCCCUGGAAGUUCCACGUUAAAGCACCUCACUUCCAGGGGCAGCUGGCACCCCAAGCCCGCAGAGACACGUGCAGGCUUGGGGUCACGCUCCCCCUCGGGGCUGCCGCCUUCAGACCCAGGUCUGGGUCAGGGCCAGGGUUUCUGGCUGUCUGUGCGUCCACUCAUGCCUGUGACCCGUCACUGCCGCUUUACCUGGGUCAUGGCCGAGCUUGACUGGGGUGGAGGUGGCAUCAGCAAGGUCAGGGGAUAAAUCCCUAAUUAGGAGACCACCAAGGUUUCACUUCUUUUUAGAUCCAUUCAAGACGCGAAAAAAAAUUUUAAUAUAAUGUGUUAAACACAAUGUUCCUAACGUGUAAAUAGAGUCCAAAUCAGUUGUGACUGCAAUUCCAAGUUAGUAUUUAAAAGUAGAGAAAUUGCACUUCCUGGAAGAAAAAAAAAGUAGUUAGUUUAAUUAUUCUGUACAUUAUUUAAUUUUGUCAAGAUGUAAGUAUUUAUAUUCACAACCUCUUGUGUUAACAUUUGCUAUUUAUUUAACAUUUUUAUUUAUUAAUUUUGUACUGUUUCAACUAGACCCCACACCAGGACACCAUGAGAGGGAAACAGAUGAAAUCAAAGCAAAAUUGACUAUUUGACAAGGAUAGGCCACAAAAAAAUCUUGCUAUAACUUCUAUAUAUGGAAGUCUUCUUAUAAUUUUGAUGCAACCAAGUUAUUUUUUAUAUAUUUUGUUAUUUAUUCUUUUAAUAAUGGAGUUUUUUAAAGAGUAUUUUGUAACUGAGGAAUUUUGAUAAUUUGGGGAUGUUUUCCCCCUGGUCCAAUGGAAAGAAAGACUUUUUGGUUUUCUUCAUCCCUUCGGUUCCUUUUGUUUCAGGCAUGGACAACAGCAAGUGGAAUUCUGUAUUUAUUAUUUAUUUAAGUGUAGCGCAGAUGUGUGUGCUCUGGCGUGUUUCUUGUGUUGCGUCUGUGUGCUGGUUCUUGAUGGCUGAGUCAUGCUGCUGUGAAGGAGUGCUGGCCACAGGCAGCACCGAGCAGUCCCCGCUCACAGGCUCCCUGCUCCUCCGACAGCUCCGAAACUGUGACCCCCCCUUCCUCAGGAAAUGCGUGGAACCCACAGCACAGCACUUCUCGGUGUGUUUGCAGGGUGAUUUCCUAAUAAAAGUCCA